AUGGAAGCCGAUAUCUCUCAGGUCAUCCAAGCCAUCCAAGCGCUCUACAACCCCUCCACGGCUCCCUCUCUCCAAUCGACUCUCCAACACUCGCUCACCCAACUCCAACACUCCCCUCAAGCCUGGUCGCUCGUCGGACCGCUCAUCGCGCACGAAGAUCCAGCAGUCAGGUUCUUUGCUGCCAGUACGCUCGAGGAGAAGAUCACGCGCGGAUGGGGCGAGGUCGAGCAUGUUCCAGAGGUGGGGAGUUUGAGAGGAGGAGAUGGAGAGCUGAGUGCGCCGGCGAAGGAGCUCAAGGACUCGGUGCUUGCAUGGCUCGCCAAAAGCGCCGUCGGGGCUUUCCCACCCGCUUCUGCAGCCGCACAACCAGUGCAAGGCGAGAAACCCGUCUUGAGGAAGUUGACGGCCGCAGCGACGGCUCUCAGCUUGCGGUUGCAGGAUAGGUGGAAGGAUUGGUUGCUCGAGGUUGUGAUGAGGGUUGCGGCGAGCGGCGCGAGGAGGGAGGCGACGCUUGAGGUGUUGAGUACGGCGAUUGAGCAGGUUGCGAGGGCAGAGUUGGUCGGCAGUAAGAGGAUGGCCUACAUGUCCUCCCUCUCCUCGACAAUACCGCACCUCGUCUCGACUCUCUCGUCCUCGCUCUCUCCGCCUUCCUCGCCCGCCGAGAUCAACUCCGCCUUCUCCUGUUUUGUCUCCUACCUGAACGCCGGCCAGCUCUCCUCAUCCGAACUCACGACCCUCUACCCGCUCUUCCUCCCUCACCUCUCCAACCCGGCGACCGUCGUGGCAGCUUGCGGCGCUAUCGAAGAACUCGUCGAGCGCUCGAGUGGACUAUCCGAAACGGGAGGAAGCGGCCUGACGCGCUUCGUCAACCGCCAACGAACGACAGAGCUGAUCAACGGCUGGGUGACGAGCCCGUUCGUCCAGCACAUCUUUGCGCAGGCGAUUUCGGACGCCCGGGAAGGCAGCGAACCGGAUGAAGAAGCGUUGGCAGUCUUCAAGCUCGUCGCCUCGCUCGCCGACCACUUCAUCACGACCUUCCUCUUCGACCCUCCUCCCGCCUCGUCCAUCACCGAUCCCUCAGCAGUCCUCUCCCUCACCCAUCCGGCAAUUCACACCCUCCUCUCGCUCCUCAUCGCCCUCUCGUCCUUCCCAGGGCACACCUCCGAGUCAUACCUCGUCAACGAGCUCCCCUGCAGCGCAUGGAUGAAUCUGCAGGAACUCGGCGCGGACGGAGAGGGGAUGGUCAGUGGAGAGGGAGAGGGGAGAGAAGGUCGAUACGGGAAGGAGAAGGACUGGGAGGUCUACCGGGGAGUCUUUGUGGCGCUUGCGGAGGGGUUGAGGGGUAGGGCGACGAGGCCGAGCGAGGAGGAAGUCAAGGUGUGGCCGAAAGAUGUCCGAGAAGCGUUCCGGCAGUACCGCUCGACGACUCUCGCCGAGACGGCCCAGAACGCCUACUUCGUCUUGCGAGACGACAUGAUCUCGGGUCUCGUCCAGCUCGCCGCGCAGCAAGUCUCGCAGCCGCCCGCGCCAGGACAGGACAGCUACGAGGACCUCGAGGCCUCGCUCUUUAUCCUCUUCUCGAUCGGCGAAGUCGUCCCACUCUCCCCUUCUCUCGCCGACCUCGAUCCCGCCGCUCCUCCCUCCCGCCUCAACCAGAACCUCUCCCUCCUCUUCGGUCCCUCCAUCCUCGGUCGACUACCUUCUCAGUCCGGUUCCUACCCCUCUCUCCGCUCGACCGCCCUCCGAUUAGUAGGCGCCUACAGCGCCUGGUUCUCCUCCAACCCCGACGCUUGCCUACAAGCCGUCUCGUUCGUCGUCUCCGGCCUACAAGAACCGGACCUCGUCCCCGGCGCAGCGAGGGCGCUUAAAGGCCUUUGCGACGCGAAUCGCAAGGUGCUUGUUGGACACGUUGCGAGUUUCGUGCAGGUGCUCGGCAACUUGGAGGGAAGGAUUGAUGAUGCGGAGUUGGCGAAGGUGUUGGAGAGUGUGGCGAGUGUCGUGCAGGCUUUGCCCGAGACGCAGAUUGUCGAGCCUCUCCUGACUUUGACAAACCCCAUCAUCGGCAAGCUCAGCUCGGCUGCCGAAGGGAACGCCUCGGCUCCCAAGGAAGACCCUCGGGAGGUGUGUGUCCAGCAACUCUCGUACCUGUCGGCGCUCGCGAAGGGCCUCGCGGAUCCCGAAGACGACCUCGUCGACCUCGACGCGAGCUUCGAGGAGACAACUUCGACCCGCGAUGCCGCCCUACGCAUCCUGCGAGAUUCUCGAGUCGUCGACAUGCGAAGACGACUCGCACAAGCGAUCGAAGCUGCCGCACGAAGAUGGCCUAGCGAUACGGAGGUCGUGACAGCCUUGUCCGACUACAUCCGCCACUCGACGUCCGACUCGGUCCCGUCGCCUCUUGCGCUCGACUCGCUCGACCUCCUGAACUUCUGCAGCGCGGCACUGCAAUCGGCGCCAUCGUCUGUCUGGCUCGGCAUCGAGGGACAGCUACUGGCGAGGCUGGCACGGGAUAGGACAGACGCUGAGAUGAGCGACGACCAGCUUGCAAAGGUCGGGCAGCCGAUCGAGGGGGCGCUGAGGGUCGUCCUCGGCACCCAUGGCGAGGUUGCGGCAAUGGCUGAGAACCCCGAUGUGGUCGCCGCUUUCCUCGGUUUGUGCUGUCAGGUUGUGCGGCUUUACCCUCGCAUCUUCAGCGUGCUCCCUGCGCACUACCUCGACGCGGUACUCGCCUUCGCCGAGCGAGGCUUGGCGAUGCAGGAGCAGUUCUCGCUGAAGGCGACUAUCGAGCUUCUCCUUUCGAGCGUCCAGCAGACGAAGAUGGCAUCAUCGUCGUCUACCGCAUUCCGCUCAGCCUUGAUUCCUCGCGUUCCUUCGCUUCUUCGCGCCCUCAUGACCGGCAUCGGCGGCAACGUUCCCCGCUCGCACCUCACCCAGCUCAGCGAACUGCUGCAUGCCUGCUUGCUGCGAUUGGCGGAACAAGCACGACCAACGCUCCACGACCUGCUGGAAGAACCGGGGUUCCCUUCCGAACGUGCGACGCCCGAAGCAAAGAGCAGGUUCGGGCGAGCGAUCCUGAGCGCACGAACGGGCAAGCAGGUUCGGCAGGCGGUUUCCGACUUUGCGCUCCUCUGCAGAGGCCUCGACGGCAGCGCGUAUGGCGCAGCGACUCAUCUCUACUAG